CAAUCCAGGAACAAGGCAGCCAAGGUCAUUACCACUCUUCUUGCAUUGGAGAAGACUUUAGAUGCACACAACACUUCUGUCUGCAAACUGGAGGCACAGUUACAUGGUGGUCAUGUUGAUGACAUGGUCGAGCUCAAUCUGCAGCUGAUUGAUGCUCGUUCGCAAUGUACCAAAGUUACUAACACUAUCCGACAUCAUAGAUCUGCACUUGGAGUGGAAGAUAAGGCUGAACUCAAGAAGAUGAAGAAGGACAUUUAUCUCACAGCCAGAUUGAAUGCUCAUGCUGUGAAAACUCGCAUUUGGGACCGUCUUCAUCAACAGAAGUUUGAAUUGGAGAGACUCAAGAGGUUGUACAGAGCAUCUAUCAAUGCUGAAAAACUUCAUGCAAAUAUGCAACACUCCAUCAAACAUUGCAAACCUGGCAUUCUCAAGUUAGUCUCGACUUACAAUGGCUUGUGUUCUCACAUAUGCUCGCUUAUACGACAAUGGAGAGCACCACCUUUUGCUAUCCCCCCUCACUCCAUUCUGCAUGAUGGCAUCUUCCAACUCAAUGUCGACAACAAUAUCUGGCAAGACAUUGGACUUGACAAUGCCACUGUCAACCCUCCAGCGUGGUUAUCAGAUGAGGCCAUCAGAAACGGUAUCCAGUUGCAACUUGAAGUAGAUUGUUGCUUUGAGGAGGAGGCUCAACUGAUGCGUGAGUGGUCUGUUAUGCAGGAGUGGAUGUUGACAGAGUGGGAGGGUAUACAGGAUGCCUUGUCAAAUGCAGAUAAGCUUGCUAACAUCUGUGUUGUUUGGAGAAGAAAAGCUCAGUGUAUUCCAUGUGCCUGGUCAGUUGUGGAUAGCUGGGGACCUUCAGAUGAAGUCUUGCUUCAGGCAACACAUGAACAGGUGCAGCCAUCUUUUUGGGAUGAGGAUGACCAGAGUGUAGGACCUGUGGAAGAGGAUAACAAGGGUGAUUCAGAUUGUGGUGAGAUUGGAGAUGAUGAACUGAUGGAUGCAAUUGAAGACAUUGCAUUGGUGGAUGAGUAUAGG